AUGUGCCUUUGGAUCCUUGUAUUUCCUCAAGGCUCACCUUUCUCCACGAUUCACUCUCUAUAUCCGUCAGAUCCACCUUAGAUCUGACGGCGAUAGCCACACCAAUCUAUUCCUUCCCAAAAUGUCUCGCAAUUAGAUUCUUUCCAAGUUCUUCUGUAAAUCCCAAGUCCCGCUCUUUUCCUCUUUAUCUCUUUCACCAGCUUCGCUACUAAGACAACAAUCUUUCCCUCUCUCUCACCCGAUCGGUCUUUCAAUUGUAAGAAAAAUGCAGGAACAAGCGACUAGCUCUUUAGCUGCAAGCUCUUUACCAUCAAGCAGCGAGAGGUCAUCAAGCUCUGCUCCACAUUUGGAGAUCAAAGAAGGAAUUGAAAGCGAUGAGGAGAUACGGCGAGUGCCGGAGUUCGGAGGAGAAGCUGCCGGAAAAGAAACUACCGGUAGAGAAUCUGGUUCGGCGACUGGUCAAGAGCGGACACAGACAGCGGUCGGAGAAAGUCAAAGGAAGCGAGGGAGGACACCGGCGGAGAAAGAGAACAAGCGGCUGAAGAGGUUGUUGAGGAAUAGAGUUUCAGCGCAGCAAGCAAGAGAGAGGAAAAAGGCUUACUUGAGUGAGUUGGAAAACAGAGUGAAAGACUUGGAGAACAAAAACUCUGAACUUGAAGAGCGACUCUCUACUCUCCAGAACGAGAACCAGAUGCUUAGACAUAUUCUGAAGAACACAACAGGAAAUAAGAGAGGAGGUGGUGGUUCUAACGCUGAUGCAAGCCUUUGAUCUCCUUCUUCUUGUGCUAUAUUUUUGUGUAUAAAAUUUACAGAGAAUUGUAUCAAUAAAAAUGUUAUAUUAUUACUUGGGAUGUGAGUGCUAAAAUCGCAAAAUUGUAGACCGAAUUCUCUUGUAGUCUGUAGAUUUUCUUAAUUCAAAGCUGAUAUUGUUUUUAACAAAAAAAAA